UGUGUUCCACUUAUAUUAAUAAAUAAAUUGUAAUUAAGUACAACUUAAAUAUACGCCCAAGUUUUAGUCAGUGUUAUGCAUUAUCAGACAAAAUGUUCGCCCCACGAAACUCGUCGCCAGUUGCCGCCUAUGGCAAGGAGGAGAUAGCUGCCUAUGAGGUAAAUUUGGCCAUAGCUGUUUCUAAAUUUCUAAAACUUUAUUCCAUGUGGUCAACAGCAGCAACAACAAAAAACAAAGUUGGUAAUGAGUUUUUGUGGUUUGGUUCCGUUUGUCUAUCGAACCAGUCCAUGUAUCCAUGUGUGUUUGUGUAUCUGUGUGUGUGUGUGUGUGUGGGCCAGCCAACUUUUUUAAAAAAGGNUAUAUAUAUAUGGGUUCUCAUAUAUGUUUUGCUCUUUCUCUUCCGCCCCCUGCACAGCUGCACUGUGGUCCUGUUCAAUGCCAAGCGUCACACACAGGCCUAUCUGGUCAAUACCUCCCGCAAAGCAUUCACAUCCGUUGCCUUCUCGCGCUGCGGCCGCUAUGUGGCCACCGGCGAGUGCGGCAUCAAUCCUGCCAUCAAAGUUUGGGAACUAGAGACGCCCAAUGGCAAUCUGGAGCAGUGCAGCGGCGGCACAGUCAUAGCCGAGUUCGUAGAUCACAAAUAUGCCGUGACCUGUGUGGCAUUCUCGCCCACGGGCAAGUACCUGGUGUCGGUGGGCUCGCAGCACGACAUGAUUGUCAACGUGUUCGACUGGCGCGCCAAUCUGAAAAUGGCUUCCAACAAGAUUAGCUCCAAGGUGGCAGCCGUGUGUUUUGCCGAAGAUGGCAGCUACUUUGUCACCGUGGGCAAUCGACAUGUCAAAUACUGGUAUUUAGAAGGUGGACGCAAGUACAAAGAUCCCAUCCCCCUGAUGGGUCGCAGCGCCAUUCUGGGCGAUCUGCGGGACAAUGAUUUCUGUGCCGUCGCCUGCGGCAAGGGCAUCUGCUCGGAGAGCACCUAUGCCAUCACACGGCAGGGGCACCUGGUGGAGUUCAGCUCGAGGCGGCUGCUCGACAAGUGGGUGCAGUGCCGCACCAGCAAUGCCAACUGCAUUUGCGUCAACGAACGCUUUAUACUCGUUGGCUGUGCCGAGUCCAUCAUACGCAUCUUCAAUGCUUCCACGCUGGAGUACGUGACGACGCUGCCCAGGACUCACUACCUGGGCGUAGACGUUGCCCAGGGCAUACAGAUCAAUCAUAUUAUGUCUGUGCCCCAGCAAGCCAAGUUCCCAGAUUGUAUUGCCAUGGUCUUUGACGAGCAGCGCUCCAAGGUCAGCUGCGUCUACAACGAUCACUCGCUCUACAUUUGGGAUCUGCGCGACAUAUCGCGAGUGGGCAAGUCCCACUCGUUCCUCUACCACUCCACGUGCAUUUGGGGCGUGGAGACAGUGCCAUAUAAUGUGGAGCGUGAAUCUUCGCAAACAUUGCCAGAGGAUUGCUUCGUGACAUGCUCGUCGGACGACACGAUUCGUGUGUGGGGCCUGGACAAUUGUGCCAACAAUGAGAUAUACCGCAAGAACAUCUAUUCCAAAGAGCUACUCAAGAUCAUCUACAGCGACGACGAGCUGCAGUACAUCAAGGACCAGGGCUCCUCGCUCUUCGACAAGACGGGCAGCUCCAGCUACGACGGCCGCAACGGCGUGCGCUGCAUUAAAAUUAGUCCAGAUCUGCAGCACUUGGCCAGCGGCGAUCGCUGCGGCAACAUACGCGUCUACAGCCUGCACAACCUGAAGCUCUUGACCACCAUCGAGGCGCACGAGUCGGAGGUGCUCUGCCUGGAGUACUCCAACGAAAAGAUCGAGCGCAAGCUGCUGGCCAGUGCCAGUCGUGAUCGCUUGAUACACGUCUUCGAUGUGUCGCAGAACUAUUUGCUGCUGCAGACCCUGGACGAUCACAGCUCGUCGAUCACUUCCAUCAAAUUCGUCGGCGCUGGCCUCAACUUCCAAAUGAUCAGCUGCGGCGCCGACAAGUCCAUAAUGUUCCGAACUUUUCAGGGCAACAUCUUCAUGCGCGGCACGAAUACCUCUGGCAAGACAACGCUGUAUGACAUGGAGGUGGACUCAAAUGCCAAACACAUUCUGACCGCUUGCCAGGAUCGCAACGUGCGCGUCUAUGGCACGCAGAACGCCAAGCAGACGAAGACCUUCAAGGGCUCCCACUCGGACGAGGGCAGCCUGAUCAAGCUCAGCCUCGACCCCAGCGGCAUUUACGUGGCCACCUCCUGCACGGACAAGACGCUCGCCGUCUAUGACUACUACUCCAGCGAGUGCAUGGCGCGCAUGUACGGCCACAGCGAGCUGGUGACGGGGCUGAAGUUCACCAACGACUGUCGCCAUCUGAUUUCGGCCAGCGGCGAUGGCUGCAUCUUCAUCUGGCAGGUGCCGCACGACAUGAUCGUCACGAUGCAGGCGCGCAUGUCCCAGCAGCGUUUGCGCUCGGGCAUUGCGCCGCUGCAGCGCCCAUUGGCGCCCAUCUCGCCGCCUGAUGCCAUCGUGGUGGAGUCGCCCAUCAGUGAACUGGAGCAUCAACAACAGGCGCCCAAGUUUGUUGUGGCUGAGGAGCAGCCAGCCAAUCGCCAUGCCUAUCGACUGUCCGACGUGGGCCAGCUGCCGCAGUGGGCUAUGCGCAAGGCGGCCGACUCGGAUAGCGGCGCUCUCUCCAUACCCACGCCCAUCAAUACCGCCUUGUCCUCUGCGACCAUGCACGCCGCCUCGUCCAUGGGCAACCUGAGCUCCUCGCCCAGUCAACAGCUGGGCGUGGCGGCGCCUCGUGCCCGUGGACGCUGGGCGCAGCGCAGCAGCCAAGCCCUGGAGACAGAGGACAUGCGCUCCAACUCAGAGAGUCCGCUGGGCACAGUGUCUUCCGUUGGCGGUCACAACAUACCAACCUCCGAUUACAACAGCGCCUCCUCCAAGGACAUCAUGUACAAUCAGACGUACUUAAGCGAGGACUCGUCCAUUGACUCGGGCAUGGAGACGCGGCGAGAGCUGAAGUUCAUUGGCAGCAACAACAAUGGCACAAUCCCCAACAUCUCAGCACUUACCUCCAGCACAAAUACUCCGGCUGCCGGCAUCGUUGCUCAGCAGCGGCUGCAGCUGGACAAGCGCAAGCCCGGCAUGCGCUUCGAUACGCACAGUCACGAUCACGAUGGCGACAUUGAGGACAUAUCGGACGGCGAACGCACCAGCUCGGAUCACGGCAUGUUCUACAACAACAUGGCACCCAGCACGCCAACUGACUUCAAGGUGACUGCCAUGAACGAGGAGGAGCUGCGCAAAUCGGUGCGACGACAGAAGUUCGAGAAAUCUGGCCUACAAUUAGCCAACGCCAGCGGCAAUGGCAGCACCCAUACGGCGAGCACCGGCACAGGCACUGGCACAUCGGAUACGGAGGAUGAGGGCUCGACGCCCAGUGCGGAGAAUGCGGAGCGCUCGUUGGCCUCGACGUUGGGCGGCAGCUCAGAGAAUUUGCCACAGAGCAGCAAUAGCUUUUUGCAUGCGGCACUGCCCGAGGGUCCUGGACUGCUGCUGGAGCGCGGCACAAGCAGUCGUCGCAGCAUCAGCGCCAAGCAUAACAAUGAGAAUGGAAAGGUCUCGGCGCCGCCUACCAUUACGAAGUCAUACACGAGCACCAAGAAGGAGGAAUUGCUGCAGGUCAUCAACAAGGUCAAACAGCAGCUGGAGAAUGUCGGCCAUAGACCACUGCGUGGCAGCCAUAGCAUAUCGGAUCUAAGUCUAGCUGCGAACUUCGAUGGAUCGCGCAGCACGGGACCCUCGCGCUAUACGAAGCCAGUUGAUUCCCCCGAUAAUUCACAGUAUAUUAGAUCAAAUGCGGCAACUGCUGCGCAACAGCAGCAGCAGCAGCAACAACAACAGCAGCAGCAGCAGAAGCCACCUCAACAACAAUAUCCUCAGCCAUACGGCUGCCCUGUGCCGCAGUUCUUUAAUAGCGCCGCGUCCAAGUCGAAGCUGCAGCAAAACUUUCAGACCAUGCGCCAGGUGCAGCAGCACUAUCCGCCCUAUCCGCAUCAUGUGGGCGUUCACCAGAUCCAUCCGCCGCCGGGCGUGCCCUUUAGCCAUGGCCCAGGCUCGUAUGUAACGUCGAGGCAAACCACGGCGCAGACCACGCCUCGUCCGAGUGCUGCCAAGCGUAAUCCGGCGGGCAACAAUCGUCGCACGCCGAGCAUUCUCAAGCACUACAAGUCGUGUCCCGUUUCGCCUGUGCACGAGGAGGUGGAAUGGUCGAUGGAAGCGGAGCGAGCGGCCCCGGUGGAGCCCAAGCGGCACUCGGUCUAUGCCGAUGAUGCGCGCACAAUUCUGGACAUGAUUCAUGCGGACACCGAGAAGAUGAUCGAUGAGAUAACGCGCAAAUACGGCGAUCUUGAUGAGCCCGCCAGAUACCCCGCACUGCCCGCCUCCUGCUCCAUGCCGGCCAAUCUGCGCGCCCUGGACAGCGCCAGCGCCAGAUCGACGCCAACGGCGACGCCGCCACGCGCUCAGUACUAUGUCUACCGUGAGAUCUAUCAGUGCGAGCGCAAGGUCUCGCUCUCGGACAUACUGAAGCCGGAGCAGUUCGCCGAAACCCAGCAGCGGCUCGAGGAGGCGCGCUUUCUGGAGACGCAGCGCCACUCGAGUGCCAGCUUCUUCCUGAGCAGCUCGGGCCAGCUGCCGCAUGAGCUCAGCCAGGAGUCGCUGCUCUCCGAUGGCGGCAGCUACUGCAACAGUCUCGAGAGCGUGCUCUCCGACGAGAGCGACUGCAAGAGCGCACCGCUCGAUCCGCCCUCGCUCGACCCGCACCGCCCGCUGCAGGCGAUGCAGUGCCAUGCGGGCAUACGGAACUUCAUUUUGCACGGACCCGUGUCCAAGUCGUAUGGCAGCAGUCCGAAUGCCUACGGCAGCUUCGACUACUACAUGCGGCAGGAGACGGCGGCUGCAGCCUCGGCAGCCACCUAUGACAGCUUCGAUGUCACUGGCUACAACCUGAAGCCGCUCACUCCGCUGCCCAGCUCGAAAACCUAUCCACGUCUCGCCUCAGUGCCAGCAGCAGCAGCAGCAGCAGCAGCAGGAGCAGGAGGAGGAGCAGCCACUGUGGAGCACAUACCCACGCUGCGUUCGAAGAACAAGCAGUACACGUCGGGCGUGAACAAGAGUCUCAGCACAGACUUUGCCCAGCAGCGGCAGCAGCAGCAGCGCAACUCGAAUCCUCUGGCGCAGUCGCACGGGCAGUCGUAUGCUCCGGCUCAGGGCCAGUCGAGCAAUCCGCUGAUGUUUGUGCGCAAGCAGCUCAAGUCGUCGAAGCCACCCAUACCGGCCAAGCCGCACAAUCUGGUCUCCACGCUCACGUGCAAUGUGGAGAAGAGCCAGGCCGGCGUGGGCACCUCGAGAACGGCCACUGUGGUGCGACAGUUUGAGCACAAUUUGCUCAAGUUCGAGCGGGAGAAGCAGCGAACUCAGCAACGCACUCAGCCCCGACCCACGGCGUCGGCCAUGAGGUGCUCGGUGAGCAGCGGCGCCUUGGCGACGCACAGCUGCCUGAAGAAGGUGUCGCGCUUCGACACCAGUGAGAGCAGUCGCCGGGCCACGAGCGUGCGCCAGAAGUCACGGCCGAAGAUCAGUGUGCGCUUCAAUACUGUUUCGCAAAUCAAGUAUACGCCCAGUGCGAAGAGGGAGCAAGCCAAUCUGAAUGACAUCAAUAGCAACGCAGUUGAGUCGGAAGCGGAGACGGAAAUGGAGCUGGAAGCGGAGGAGGAGGCGGAGGCGCCUCUGGUGGGCAGUCUGCCCAGCGAUUAUGGUGGGGAGCGCAGCUUUGAAAUGUACUUUGCCGAGAAUGGAAAUGCGCCCGAGAACAUGGAGAAUAUGCAGAGCCUGAAGCUGUAUAAGAAGCCCGAGCUGCAGGCUGUGGUCGACGAAAUCCAGCAGGAGCGGGUCAAGCAGAAAAAGAAUAGAGAUAAUGUGGAGCGCUCGGGUGGCGGUGGUGGAGCCAACUCCACCAGCAAUCAGUGCCAGGACAUAGCCAAGAAAAUAGACAUUAUAGAGAAGCUGAUAGCCAUGGAGGAGCGCAAGAUUGAGCAGAUCAGAAAGGCCACCGAGACACGCUUGCGUCCCUUUGCCUGCAACUCGAAGGAAAAGGGCUACGUGAAGAGUUUGACCAUGAAUUUCGAUAUGCUGGCGCGUGCCCAGGACCAGCAGUCACAAUUGGCCGCCGAUCAGAUGGCCUCGAGUGAUGCGGAUCUCUGUGCGUAUGCGCGUCACAUACGCCGGAAUUGCAGCUUGCCGGAUGUGUUGGAGAGCUCCGACUUUGGCUACCAUCGCACGCACGGCAACGACAACGGCAAUGCCGAUCGCGAUGGCGAUAGCAAUGACGUGGAGCUGGCCAAGGAGGUGAUUGCCGACGAUGAUGACGAUGAUGAUGGCAUUGAGUUCAUGCAUCGCGAUGCGGAUGGCGAUCAAGUGAAUGCCAAGAGCGAUGCUCAUCAGGGGCUGAUCAUCGAUCGUCUACAAGGUAACCCCAAAUUGCUCAAUCCCAUACCCAUUGAGGAGUCGUCCAUUCGUCGCGCCUGCUCGCUGAGUGAUCUGCAUAUGGGAAACUUUGGCAAGCCCAGCAAGUCCAACGGCACGCCCCAGAAGCCAGUGGCCCAGCAUCGCAACGGCAACGUGACUCGUUCGGCCAGCAAGCGGAACAGUCUGCAGGGCAAAUCGGCCCUCGGCGCGUCCAGCAACUCCAUGAAUGUACUUAAUCAAGUCAGCGACUCGGAGCCGGAAGACAUCAAUCGAUUGCGGAGUGCGGGCAGCGGACAAGGACGCAGCAGUGGAGCCAUUGCUACCUCACGACAGUACAGCAACAAAAACCCCAACGCCAACAGCAAUCGACGCAAGGCUCCAAGUUUUAACAGUGGCACAAACAUGCAGGACGACUCCAGCUCGGAAGAGACUCCCAACAUCGCUGCAGGCAAUAAGCCAGUGGUGCCGCCCAGGCCCCGUAACUUGGGCUUCGAUCACAAGAGCAAAGUGAACAACAACGCGACCAAUGCGGCCACGCUCAAGCAACGAGCGGGAGGACUCGGGGAUGACUACGAAACUGCUGACUCCGAGGCCCUGGUGCACAUUGUGAUCAACAAGUUGUAUACGACGACGCAGUCGGCAAUGGAGCUGCAUGCGAAUCUGAAGAACUCGUUGUUACUGAAGGAAUUGGAAAAUGCUGUGAUUAUGUCCCGGAAUAUGCUUGACAGUAUAACUCACAAUCGACAAAACGAGAAAUCGUCCUCGGGCCAAGGCUAUAAUGUUAGCAGCGGGCCGGCUGGAGGCGACAUUGGAGAUGUUAACAAUCGUGAACAGAUAUCAGGAACAGGCAAUCUGGAGAAUGGCGAAUAUCUUAUGAUGGUCAACAACUGUGCCGAUCUAUUGAGCAAUUUACGCACUAAGCACAAACCCGACGACUGUGAGAAUAAAUCCUAGUGUGUAGCGUUUAUAUUAGGCUAAUAACAACAAAUAACAAAAGCAAACAAACUAAAUGGAUUAAAACAGAACUAAUAAUUAUUAAAUUUAAACACUUCAAAAACAACACUAAAACUGGCGAAUGGCAAACGACAAACUAAAAUACCAACUUAUUUGUAAUUGAUAUCUAUAUGCUAUAUUAUAUAUAAAUACGUAUUAAUAGCUAUUGUAAA